CAACCACCAGCAUGGGAAGGAGCACCUUGAAGUCAGAGAACAUUGGAACCACCUUCCCUAUGAUGUUUUCCAUUUUGGAAAUUACUUCAGGGCUCAUUGUACCACCAAUAUUACAGUUUAUUUCUCCACAAACAUGUUCUUAGGUACUUCGAGCUUCCGCUUAUCCACCAAAUUGGGACCAAGUUUGAACGGAGAACUUUCUUAUGCCCGUUCAACUUUCACGCUUCGCUCUGCCUUCCUUGUGCCAUCGGUCAUUACUAAAAGUAUACUGAUUGGCAUCAUUCGUUUGUCAAUCUACUACAUCUAGUACAAGAAUGUAUUUUUGUCCGAUACGCAACCAGUUCCUCAAUCCCCCUUCUCAACCCACAACCAGCAACGCCCAUGGACAAUUUCCUCCUGUUAGACAACGUUCUUCGGUGGGAUCUGGCAGCAUUGGAGUGUCUCGCAACGUUGUGGCCAUACCGCAGAGACACUCCAAUGAUGAUGCGCUCACAAAGAUUGAGGCAUUGUUCGAGACCAUUGUUGAUGCUGUCAGUGCCGGGAGUUCCAUCGUCAUACCCUAUCGGCGGUCGACUAAUGCGCAGGCGUUCAACCUGACUGCUUCUGCCUCAAAUCCAAGGGAUGGAAGGCACAUGGAUUCCGUACGCUUUCCGGGACGUAACCCCCAAGAGCUUCGAAGAUUUGAAGCCUUGUUCCGCAUCAUCGAGCUCUCCCAUGAGGCACUCCUCUCCGGAACUCUCAUCACCAAGAGGAACAUUUACUACCAGAACAUGGAACUGUUCAGGUCACAGAGCGUGGUUGACGAAAUGGUGGACAAUGUUGCAUUCACACUUGGAGUGGGACGUAAUGAUCUCAACAUUGUAGCCACCGCAAAGGGCCUUCUUGCUGGCCAGAUAAGACUUAUCAUGCGCGGAGGUACCAGCAUCAAUUGUGCCGAGUCUUCUGACAGUGGCGUUUUGCUACCAUCAAUCAGCGCCGUCGAAAAAGUCGACUUUCAAUCCGUCAAAUGGCUGCUGGUGAUUGAGAAGGAGGCCACCUUUCGAACACUGUCCGCUUCGCGCUACCACACAGUCUCUCGGGCAGGAAGUGGAAUUCUGGUGACUGGAAAAGGGUAUCCCGACCUUGCUACACGAAAGUUCCUCGCGGCCCUCCACUCAGUUCGACCACGUUUACCCAUAUUGGCCUUGGUCGACUUCGAUCCCCAUGGGAUUUCUAUUCUUCGGACUUACCAAUACGGCAGCCAGCGCCUAGAUCACGAGGAGCGCACCAAGGUGCCCGGAUUAAGAUGGCUUGGAAUUCGCAGUAGCGAUGUCCUCUCAAAGACAGUGGUAACGCAAGAUCACUCCGCUAACAGUCAGGGAAGCCAAUCGAGCCAAGACUUCUCGAGUCAGGAAUCAAUCGCUUAUUCUGUAGAUGCAUUCCAAGAUCAACGCCCGGCGAAGAGACCGAGAACUCGACGAACGAAAAGCCACCCAAGCGACUGCACAGCGGCACUCAACGAAGGGGACAGGGGGAAGGCCGUCAGUGUUUUGCGAGACAUAUGCGCUACGGCUAGACUUGACGCUACAGGGCGGGAACACAAGCUAGAACUGCAGAGAAUGUUAAUGCUCAAUAUCAAGGCGGAGAUACAGGCGGUUGAUGAUUUCGGUGAUAUCACGAGCUGGUUGGAUGAGAGACUGUUAUCACACAGCAGGUACGUGAACUCGCAUUAACAGGAACUAGGGAUAGGUUUGGGGAACAUUGUCUUUCAGACACAGGAUAACGAGAAGAAAACAAAUCAUGAGAUGAUGAAGCUAAAAACUAAAAUAAAAUAUAACUAAGAAGAG